UUGAAACGUCCAGAUGUUGCGUUUGAGGCACCAGGCAGAGUCGGGAGCAGAGCCACGCCGGCGCAAACUUUUUCUCAUUCCCCGCUAUCCUGCUUGCCAGCGGUGAUGCAAGCUGUCAGACUGGGUUAAAGGACGAGGAGGAGAAGCUGUGAAACAAUUUGAAGCAACUUAUUUUCCUGUUUGUUUGAUUAGACGGACAUUAAAGCUGCAGCUGCGCAGUUUGGAACCUGUUUGCAGCGCGCUGAACAAGGAUAACAUUUAAAAGUGCGUAAUUUUGAAAAUAUUUAAACUCAGAUUUGACACCUUGCAAGUUUCCAUCAUGAUUUUUGUUCACUUGCUCCUAAGUGCCUGGAUGUUGUCGCAGCCAGCUGGUGGAGCCUUUUACCGGGGGCCACUACAUCCGGAGAUGUCUAAUGGCACUUUUCAUCAUUAUUUCGUGCCGGACGGAGAAUAUGAGGAUAACGACGACCCGGAGAAGUGCCAGAUGCUUUUUAAGAUGACCGACGAAAGGAAGUGCAGCCUGGAUGAGGACCAGGACUCGGUCAUAAAGGAUGACUUCACCCUGAUCAAGCGGCAGAUCGAGGACUCGGCGCGGGUGUUGGAGGGGAUCGGGAAGAGCAUCUCCUACGACCUGGACGGGGAGGACAGCUACGGGAAGUAUCUGCGCAGGGAGACGGCCCAGAUCGGCGAUGCGUUCACUAACUCGGAGAAAUCCCUGUUGGAGCUGGAGGUGAAGUUCAAACAGAGUCAGGAGAGCGAGCUGAAGGAGGAGCACCGGCUCAGUGACGACUUUCUCACCAUGAUCGUUCACACACGGGACUCCCUGAAGGAGACCCUGGACAUUUCCCUGGGCCUGAAGGACAAACACGAGCUGCUGUCUCUGAUCAUCCGCAGCCAUGGAAGUAGACUGAGCAGACUGAAGAACGAGUACCUCAAAUUCUAAUGGCAAUA